AGGUAUAUACAGCCAUCCUAUCCCCAUCAAAUCCCCAAAAAGAAUUAAAAAUCAGAAAAAAAAAACUUUAAUUUCCAGUCUUGCUCUGCGCCGCCGCCGGCGACCACCGCAGCAACCUCCGCCGCCGCCGCCGCCGUCCAGGAACUGACCGGCCGAGCUGCUCCGUCUCGUGGGGCGCGCGUGGCGGCGAUGGGGAGGCACGAGGCGGCGGCCGGGGUGGUGGACUUCCACCUGCCCGACGAGAUCCUGGCUGUGAUCCCCACCGACCCGUACGAGCAGCUGGACGUGGCGCGGAAGAUCACCUCCAUGGCCAUCGCCUCCCGCGUCUCCCGCCUCGAGGCCGACGCGGCGCGCCUCCGCCGCGACCUCGCCGACCGGGACCGCGCCGAGGCCGACCUCCGCGCCCGCCUCGCGGACUCCGACGCCCGCCUCCUCGCCGCCCUCGACGAGAACGCGAAGCUGGCGAAGGAGAGGGACUCGCUCGCCUCCACGGCCAAGAAGAUGGCGAGGAACUUGGCGAAGUUGGAAGCAUUUAAGAAGCAGUUGAUGAAGUCACUGAGUGAAGACAAUUUAUUACAAUUGUCAGAAAUAGGUGAUGACCGUGAUUUUGAUGCAAACAACAAUUUGACUGCUCGAGUUCCCUCUUGGAAAGAUGAAGUUUCAAGUAGUCGCACUUCUGCAGAUAGUUCCAGCAGAUCCACAAUGACUGAAUCAGCCCAAGAACAUCAGUUCUCAGUCACACCAUACACAGCUCCUAAAUUAACUCCUGGUUCAACACCUAAGUUCUUAUCUGGUCCAACAUCACCUACAAAAUCUCUGUCAGAAGUCCACUCAACAUUUUCAUCAUGGCAUGGAUCGUCAAGCCAUCAGUAUUCAGCACCCACCUCCCCUCCUCAGCAUCGUUCGUUCGCAGGGCGGCCCCGUAUAGACGGAAAGGAAUUUUUCCGGCAAGCACGGACACGACUUUCGUAUGAGCAAUUUGGGGCAUUUUUAGCUAACAUCAAGGAGUUCAAUGCUCAGAAACAAUCACGAGAGGACACUCUCUCAAAGGCAGAAGAGAUUUUUGGAACAGAACAUAAAGAUUUGUACAUUUCUUUCCAGAAUAUGCUUAACCGCAACCAUUCUUGAAUGCUUGUCACAGGCUUCAGUCUAUUUUUGUCUCUUAAACAAGCAGGAAGUAUGUAACUGUUGGAAGAUAAUCGUUGUUCUUUCAUAGACGUAAACAACAAAUUGCCAGAGAUUUGUAAAUAGAUCAUUAUAAUUUAAGCUGGCCAUCCUCAAUAUCACUAUGUAAAUGGACCCAGUCAUGCAUCCCAAAACAGGGAUCUGGGAACUGAAAUAUUACACCUAUGGCAAAUUUUGGUCUGUGUAAUUAAGCAUACAUGCACAUUCCAUUGUAGCACUUCCUGUGUUCCUGCGGAUUUCUUGAGGUGUCCUCCAUGCAGAAAGUUGUAUAAUACUCAAAAACUGCUCUUUUGUAUCUGUGUUAACAAGUACUAAACUGCUCUUUUUUGACACGGUGUAUUGCCUUAAUCCGUGUCAAAAAAACAUGUAUUGCCUUAAAAGAGUUCAGGCAAUGAUAGUAUGUAUUGCUUGUUCUCCUUGUCUGAUGAACAAAGUAAUUGCUAGAA